AUGGCGGCACGAGGAAGGGGCCGGGUGGGUGGCGGCGGCGUGGAGGAGCGGGGGACGGAGCGCCCGGAUGCGGAGCUGCUGUUGUUGCACCCGGAGCUGCUCUCGGAGGAGUUCCUGCUGCUCACCCUGGAGCAGAAGAACAUACCAGUUGAAAAUGAUGUAAAGAGGGACAAAGAUGGACUCACUGAUCUCUAUAUUCAACAUGCUAUACCAUUGCCACAGCGUGACUUACCAAAAAGUAGAUGGGGAAAAAUGAUGGAAAAGAAAAGACAGCAAAAUGAGUUGAAAAGUGAAAAUAAAAGUGUUACAACAGUGGAAGGUUUAAGGAAACGACCAUUAAUUGUAUUUGAUGGCAGUUCAACAAGCACAAGUAUAAAAGUGAAGAAGACUGAGAACGGAGCUGCUGAUCGCCUGAAACCUCCCCCGGCUGGAAGUACCACCAACACUGUUAGAAGAUUAUCGGUUCCUUCAAAUGUCUCAACAUAUACUUCAGCAUCCAAUUUAUCAGAGGACAGUAAACUGGAAACUGAGAAUAAUGAAGCUAGGCAGAACAAUAUUUCAAAGACUAAUAGCAGUGUGUUGGCUAAUCUGAAGGUAUACCCUUUAUCUUCAGUAGCUGGAACUACUGUUGUGAAAUUAAAGAGAGCUAUUCCAAAAGAAGAAUCUGAUUUGGCGAAUGACCUAAAGCCUACAGAAGCAAAGAAAAAAAUCCAGCAUGUUACAUGGCCAUGAAGUAGCAAAUGGUGCUCAAAACAUAAAUGUUACUUCCGUAUUUUCAAUCAGAUAAGUAAUAUUUGAACAGUUUAGUUCACUUCUUUUUAGAUCUUACAGGGAUUCAGAUUGCUGUGAAGUUUUGACAAAUUUAAAAUUUCCCUGUUGCAAAGCUGGAGUCGUUAUCACCAGUCACCUUAAGAGUGUCUACUAUUUUACACCAAGUAGUUCAUUCCCUCUUUAAAAGGUGGUAGUAUUACAAUAUACUAAAACCCCUUGCUUUUAGUUCUCAAGGUUAUUAUAGUUCAUCUCCUGCAUGUCCCUACAAAAUCACACAUAAAAAUAUGUUUUUUUUGUUUUCAGUAAGAUUCACUUUUGAUCCUCUUGGUUAAAUAGCUAAAAUUGUUAUUGAGAUUCAGAGUGAUCUCAAGAGGUUUCUUGGCUUCAAAAAGGCAAUUUAGAUGAAGAGACUGAUCAUUCUGUUGACCAGAUAGUCCGAGACAAUUUUUUUCCUUUUUGUUACGCAGAACAAGAGCGUAGAAUUUACAAUUAGAUUAGGUUGGUAAUAAGAGAUGAACUGUGUAACAGCUUUACUUCAAAUUGAAGUUUCUCUUAUUGUCAUAUGAUGUAAGAAAUGCACAGAUGGAAGCGUGUUAUUAGACUGUCUGAAAUGAGUCUUUGAGAGGAAGUAAUGAAUGGAUUAGUGCCAUGUUCUUUUCUAUACACAGGCAUAUUUUAUACAUAUAUAUAUGUAAAAAUGUGCCUGUGUAGCAUAUUUGCUUGUUUUCCUGGUUACAAUCAUGCUUAUAAAGUAUGGGGAAAACAUGUGGAAUGCAGGUCAGUGCUUUCUUUAAUAACUGAAAGUUGGAGAGGAAGAGUAAUAUUAGUGGAUGUAGUUGCAGUCUAAAAUCUUUUUUACCUUCUCUUCCUAUGAUCAUUUAAGGUGGAGAGGACAUUGGUUCUCUGAAUAGGUUUCAACUGGAUUAUUGCUAGUGCUAUAUGCAGUAGGAAUCCAGUUGAUGGAAAUAUUUUUAUUAAAUUUCAGUGGCUAAAGGCAAAGCUGGUUUAGAUCUGUUUUAGGUAUAGGAAGUAAAUAAUAAUAGUAAGGCUUCCAGAUUUGGUUUAAAAAAAUACUCAUUUCUGAGUGAACUUCAUAUUUGCAGAAAUUCCAUUUUUUGCAUAGUUAACUCACUAAAAGAUGCUGUCAGUAGUAAUCUGAAAGCUUGUUUACAUUUUAAAUAUUUAGUAUUGAAACCAAAAACUGUAGCCUAAAUCAUUACUGACAGAAGUUUUCCAUUCACUGUUAUGACAUAAAAGGCACUUCUUGAAUGCUGUAAAAUAAGAAUGUGUGUCUUGAAAUAUUGUGUGCUGUUUCCCUUUUACUAAACACUUGUGCAGUUUUUGUACUUGAGUACAGCAAACUUUAACAUAAUGUACAUUUUGUAUGUAAAGAGUUGUCUUUUAAGUAGCCUUAUCCUAUUUAAAUAAAUUAAAAGCAAUCUAA